AUGUUUAAAUCAUUUGUACGUUCGUUAGCUACAAAUGCUAACACCCAAGUGUUUAAACUUCAAGAACCACCAAAAUAUGUUUUAGGUUCAUUGAGAUCAUUUCCAAGUUUGGAGCCAAAAGAAUUUGUAGCUUUACCAAACGAUUUCUUGAAUUUACCAACCAGAAGAGAUAUAUUAUGGAGUGCUGUUGUUUAUGAAGAAGAUAAAGCUAAAAUUGAAACUACACAAGUAUUCACUAAAGGUGAUGCUAUCUACUCACAUAAGAAAUUAAGACCACAAAAGGGUUCAGGUAAAGCUAGAGUUGGUGAUGCCAAUUCACCUCAUAGAUAUAAUCCUAUCAAAGCUCAUGUUAUCACAGCUCCUCAUGAUUGGUCAACUGAAUUACCAAACAAAAUCUAUAAUAAAGCCAUGGCCACUGCUUUAUCGGAACAAUAUAAAGAUGGUAAAUUGUACAUAGUAGGAAAUAACGAAUCAUCAGAAUUGAAUGAAUCUGAUUCAUCAAUCAUUGAUUUUAAAUAUGGUUAUCCUGAAACCAUCAAACAAUUUAAAAAUCAACAUCAUUUGAAAAAUUUGAAUUUACUUUUUAUAACGGAUAUUGAAAGAUCAAAUUUAACUAAAGCCAUAGAAGGUGAUAAAGUUAAAGCUUUAACUAAAGAAAAUGUUGAAGUUAGAGAUAUUUUGAAAGCCAAUAGAGUUUAUAUUGAAUUACCGGCAUUACAAUGGUUCAUUGGAAAAUACUUGUGA